UUCUUUUUCAAAAGGUGUCUAAGCUACAUGGACCCACGAAAUCUAACAAGCAUCUCAGAAUUCUACCUCAUGGGACUCUCAGAUGAUCCAGAACUACAGCCCUUUCUCUUCGGGCUGUUUCUGUCCAUGUACCUGGUCACCAUGUUGGGGAACCUGCUCAUCAUCCUGGCUGUUAUAUCUGACCCCCACCUCCAUACCCCCAUGUACUUCUUCCUCUCCAACCUCUCCUUGGCUGACAUCGGUUUCAUCUCCACGACGGUCCCCAAGAUGAUUGUGGACAUCCAAUCUCACAGUAGAAUCAUCUUCUAUGUGGGCUGCCUGACACAAAUGUUUAUUUUUAUCAUUUUUGGAUGUAUGGAUAGUAUGCUACUGACGGUGAUGGCCUAUGACAGGUUUGUGGCCAUCUGUCACCCACUGUACUACCAGGUCAUCAUGAACCCACGCCUCUGUUGCUUCUUACUUUUGGUGUCUUUUUUUGUUAGCCUUUUGGACUCCCAGGUGCACAAUUUGAUUGUGUUACAAGUUGCCUGCUUUAAGGAUGUGGAAAUUUCUAAUUUCUUCUGUGACCCUUCUCAGUUCCUCAACCUUGCCUGUUUUGACACUUUCACCAGUAACAUGGUCAUGUAUUUUAUAAUUGCCAUCUCUGGUUUUCUUCCUUUGUCAGGGAUCUUUUUCUCUUACUAUAAAAUUCUUUCCUCUAUUCUCAGAGUCCCUUCAUCAGGUGGGAAAUAUAAAGCCUUCUCUACCUGUGGUUCUCACCUGUCAGUUGUUUGCUUAUUUUAUGGAACAUGCCUUGGUGUGUACCUCAGCUCAGCCAUCUCACAGUCUCCCAGGAAGGGUGCAGUGGCCUCGGUGAUGUACACUGUGGUCACCCCCAUGCUGAACCCCUUCAUCUACAGCCUGAGGAACAGGGACAUCAAAAGGGCCAUGUGGAGAUUCCUCAGCAAAACAAUCUCAUUUUAG